AUGAUGUUUACGGCAACUAAAUUGCAGACCGCAACCUACUUGUUGGGUGUUUGCCUUUUCUCGAUCUCCUUCCUCGUGUUUUUGAACUCGUCGAUAUCUUUCGUGGUUACGGACCUAAUCAAGCUCCCAACCGGUGAAGGUGAUGCUAUUGGCUAUCUGAUUAUCGCCCUGGCGCUGGCUCUGUUUGUGCAAGCCAAAAAUGUUUACCCCGAGCUCCUUCUAGGCAGGCUUUUGUUCAGCCUCGGUGGGCGACAUUUCCAUGUUCAAAAACAUGCGAAAAACGGCCAGAGAAGGAUUCCACCUCAUAUUUGGCAGGCGUCGUUGGAAUGCUUACAGGGUUGUGGCGCCGUGGUUGCCUUGCUGGUUUUCCUGCCUCUUCCGGCGUGGUUUGAGAAAUCGGGGCGGUCGCCCACUCAGUCCAUCAAACUGAGCUACUAUGUGGUCGCUCUGCUCUCACUUGUUAUUUCCGCGUUUAACGCAUCAUUCCUGCUCGGCUUUAAACAACCCGGAAUAGGACUCGCAUACUUGGGCGGAUUUGUUGCUCGAGCCUCAACCGUUGGAAUUUCCUUAUUUAUUCCUCUAUAUGUGAACCGAUAUUAUAAGUAUUCUGGUCUUUGUGAUAAAGACGUCCCGGGUAGCCCACUCCACAUAUUAGAAACUGGCCUGGGUGAGAUCAAAAAAUCAUGUCCCAAGGCCUACAUUGUUGCUUCAAUGUUGACGGGUGUCGCGCAACUUACCGCCCUCUGCUUCGCACCAAUCUUUGGUUAUUUCUCAGCUAGAUCAAAACGACACAAUGUCCCCCUUCUCUCCGCUGCUCUGGCCGGAAUAAUUGGGUAUAUUUUCCUAACCCUCCUGCCAACCCCCCAGAUACGCGGCCCGGAGGGGAGUCCAGUCAUAUUCGCCGCCAUGGCCUUGGUCGGGAUCAGCCAGAUCGGGUCGAUCGUCUGCAGCCUUGCAGGUCUCAGUGCCCAUGUCCUUGGACCAGACCAUUACCAAGAAGCAAUUUCAUGCCAUCAUGAGCCGGAUGGACGACAAACAAAUUCAACCGACCACGCUGCGUCAGAAAACUUCAUAGACACCAGAGACCAUGUUUCAGAUGAGGGCUCUGCCCUUCUCCCAAAAUCUAUGUCACCACCAUCAGCAAACGGCAACAACUUAGUCCACCUCAAGGGUUCGGUUGCCGGAAUGUAUUCGCUAUGCGGUGGAGCGGGUAUUCUACUCCUCACAAAAGUUGGAGGUCUCCUCUCAGAUAAAAUUUCUCCAAAGUCACCAUUCUACCUCCUUGCCGGCUUCAAUGGGCUGCUGUUGAUAUUUGGUGUUGUAAUCAGCGUGUUGCAGGGAUGGAAUCACAGGAAGAACACAUAG